GGCCUGGUGUUCGGCGUCGCCGCCUCGGGACGCCUCGAGGCCUCCCGGGAGAUUCCAAGAGAUGCAAAACAUAAACUUGUUUAUGUUGCCAAGAAGAUAGCUGAAGAGAGCACUGGGGCCGAUGAUUUUUCUCACAUGGUUCUGUUUGGAGAGCUACCCACUUCACCUCUUAGACAUGUAAUCACUUUCCUAGAUGAGAUCUUAAUGCCAAUUCUUUCUAAUAAGAACAAUCAUAAAUCCUGGUCAUGUUUCACCUCACAAGAUAUGGAACAUCACCUAGAACUCAUGAAAACCAAGAUGCACAUUUUUAAAGGCAAAAUGUCUAGAAGAACUCUUCUACCAAUUCCUACUGUUGCAGAAAACAUUGACCUGGAGCAGAAUUACUCAGAGACAAAGCAACCAUCAAAUGAGAGGCGAAUACUCCAUGCAAUUGAAUCUGUGGUUAUUAAAUGGUCACAUCAAAUUCAAGAAAGUAUAGAAAGGGAUUCAGUACAGCCUUUGAUAAAUGGUCUUCACUUGAUACCAUCAUAUGAGCUGGAUUUCUGGACAAUGAGGAGGGAGAAUCUAUCUAGCACUUACAAUCAACUUCAGACUCCAAUUGUGCUCAAGAUGGUUAAGAUCCUGAAAACAAAACAGAGCAGCUAUUUUCCUACUUUGAAGGACAUUUUUGUGACUGUGGAAAAUGCUCUCCUGGAAGCCCAAGAUGUGGAACUACACCUGCGACCCUUAAGAAGGCACAUUCAAGAUCUCCAGGAAAAGGAAUUCCCGCAGACCCUCAUUUUAACCACCCCAUUAUUUCAUACCAUCUAUCUUAUCUGGAGCCACUCCAAGUUUUAUAAUACUCCUGCUCGGAUUAUAGUCUUAUUACAAGAGUUUUGUAAUCUCUUCAUCGACCAGGCAGUGGCUUACCUGUCACCAGAGGACCUUUUAAAGGGAGAAAUCGAAGACUCACUGGAAAAGGUGCAGGUGGCCAUUAACAUCUUAAAGACUUUCAAAAAUUCUUUUUUUAAAUAUAAAAAAUUAUUGGCAAGCAAUUUCAUGGGAAAUACAGAACUGAGACCUUGGGAUUUUCAGUCUUCUCUGGUGUUCUGCAGAUUUGACAAGUUUCUUGACCGCUUAAUAAAAAUAGAGGAUAUAUUUGUCACCAUAUUGGAGUUUGAGAAGCUGGAGCGACUGGAAUUUGGUGGUGCCAAGGGAACCAUUUUAAAUGAGCAAAUCUGGAAGAUGAGUGAAGAACUUAUGGAAUUCUGUAAAGUUUUUAAGCAGAGCAUUUAUGACCUAUGUGACUUCGAGAACACGGAGUUCGAAAGUGAUUAUGUUGCAUUUAAGUCCAGAACUUUGGAUUUUGACAGAAGGCUGGGAACACUCCUUUGUGAAGGUUUCUGUCACUGUGGUGGUUUAGAAGCAGCAUUUAAGCUUUUAACCAUAUUUGGGAACUUUCUAGAGAAACCAGUUGUCAUGGAAAUUUUCAGCCCCCAUUACAGCACAUUAGUGAACAUGUUCAAUACAGAGCUGGAUGUGUGUAAGCAGUUGUAUAAUGAACGAAUGAAACAGAUUGAACAUGGUUAUGUAGUCCUUAACAAGAACAUGCCUUUUACUUCUGGAAAUAUCAAGUGGGCCAGAGAGAUCCUUGACCGCCUUCAUAUGUUUUGGUCAAACUUCACAUCUCUCCAUUAUCUAUUCUUGGGCAACCCUGAGGAAGCUAUGGUUUCUCAGAAGUAUGUUGAGAUGACAACUCUGCUAGACCAAUUUGAAAGUCGCAUCUAUAAUGAAUGGAAAAGUCAUGUGGAUGAAACCUGUGCAUUCAGCUUGAAUCAACCCUUGAUUAAAUUUAGCACUGUAAAUGGUCUUCUUACUGUCAAUUUUGACCCAAAGCUUGUGGCUGUCUUGAGAGAAGUGAAAUAUCUUUUGAUGCUGAAGAAAUCUGACAUACCGGAUUCAGCUUUAGCCAUUUUCCAGAAAAGGAACACUAUUUUAAAGUACAUUGGGAAACUUGAGCUUCUUGUGCAUGGGUACAAUAAGCUGAAACAGACCCUUCUGGAAGUUGAAUACCCUCUGAUUGAAGCUGAGCUGGGAGCUAUUGAUGAGCAACUCCAAGCUGCUGCGACGUGGCUGACAUGGCAGGAUGACUGCUGGGCCUAUGUAGAGAGGGUGCAGGAGGCCACGGCUGAGCUGGAGCGCCGAGUGGUGCUCACACAGCACAAUGUGCAUGCGCUCCAGCAGAUGAUGCGUGCCUGGGUGGAGUGUCCGCUCCUGCCCAGGAGAGAGCACAGAAGGGAGACCGUCUUGGCUUUGGAGGACAAGGGCGAUCUGUUUGCUAAAAAGUACAAGUUAAUCCAAGAGGAUGGCUGUAAGAUACACAACUUGGUAGAGGAAAACAGAAAGCUCUUCAAAGCCAAUCCUUCUCUGGACACAUGGAGAAUUUAUGUAGAGUUCAUUGAUGACAUGGUGGUAGAGGGCUUUUUUCAGGCUAUCUUGCAUGACUUAGACUUCUUCUUGGUGAACACAGAGAAGCAAUCAAAACCUGCACCAUUUUUUCAAGCACAAAUGAUCUUAAUGCCCCCAGAGAUAGUGUUCAAACCUCCGAUGGAAAGAGAGGCUGGGGAUGGCUUCUACGAUCUUGUAGAAGAAAUGCUCUGCAGUAGCUUUAGAAUGUCUGCCCAGAUGGAGCGAGUGGCAGCUCAUCUAGAAAUAGCCAACUAUCAGAAUGAUAUGGAAAACAUGUUGGGCCUGGCAGAGAUCAGGCAGGAGAUCAUGAACAGAGUGGCAGAUGUCAUCAACAAAGUCUUGGACUUCAGGAACUCCCUGGAGACAUACGCUUACCUCUGGGUGGAUGACCGAGCAGAGUUUUUGAAGCACUUUCUCCUGUAUGGUCAUUCGGUAUCACCUGAGGAGGUAGAUGCCCGUGCCAAUGAAGAAAUCCCUGAGCAACCACCAACUCUUGAGCAAUUCAAAGAGCAGAUCGACAUUUAUGAGGCCUUGUAUGUUCAGAUGAGCAAGUUUGAUGACUUCAAAGUGUUUAAUAGUUGGUUCAAGGUGGACAUGAAACCUUUUAAAUUGAGCUUGCUAAACAUGAUUAAGAAAUGGAGCUGGAUGUUCCAGGAGCAUCUUCAAAGAUUUGUCAUUGACAGUCUGAAUGAGCUACAAGAAUUUAUAAAAGAUACAGAUGGUGGACUUCAGAAAGAACUGAAUAAAGGGGACCACAAUGGCUUAGUUGACAUUAUGGGGCAUCUUCUGGCUGUAAGAAGCCGACAGAGGUCCACUGAUGAGCUCUUUGAACCUCUGAAAGAAACUAUCGCACUCCUGGAAAGCUAUGGUCAGACAAUGCCUGAACAAGUCUACAUGCAGUUGGAGGAAUUGCCAGAACAAUGGGAAACAACCAAAAAAAUUGCAGCAACAGUCAGACAUGAGGUUUCACCUCUCCAAAAUGCAGAAGUCACUCUUCUGAGGAACAAAUGUCUUUGGUUUGAUGAAAAGCAAGCAGAGUUCAGAGAGAGAUUCAGAAGCUAUGCUCCUCUUGAUUUUAAUGCGGAAAAUCCAUACACUUCGCUGGAUAAGGCAAAUCAGGAGCUGGAGGCAUUAGAGGAAGAGAUGGGUCAGAUGCAGGACUCCGCUCACCUCUUCGAAGUGGCCCUUCCGGACUACAAGCAAAUGAAACAGUGUCGCAGAGAAAUACACUUGCUCAAGGGCCUCUGGGAUGUCAUUGUUUAUGUUAGAAGCAGCAUUGAUAAUUGGACUAAAACCCAGUGGAGGCAGAUUAAUGUGGAACAGAUGGAUGUAGAACUCAGAAGGUUUGCCAAGGACAUGUGGUCACUAGACAAGGCAGUCCGUGCCUGGGAUGCUUAUGCAGGCCUGGAAGCCACUGUGAAGGAUAUGAUGACCUCCCUGAGAGCAGUCACAGAGCUGCAGAGCCCCGCCCUCAGGGACAGGCAUUGGCAGCAGCUGAUGAAAGCCAUCGGGGUCACGGUUUCAAUCAGUGAAGCCACAACCUUGGCAGAUCUGCUGGCAUUGCAGUUACACCGCGUGGAAGAUGAUGUUCGCAAUAUGGUGGACAAAGCGGUGAAGGAGCUUGGGACUGAGAAGGUUAUUACUGAAGUCAGCCAGACCUGGGCGACCAUGGAGUUUUCUUACGAAGUUCACUAUCGAACAGGCAUUCCACUACUGAAGUUCAAUGAACAACUUUUUGAAAUUCUAGAGCAUAACCAAGUUCAGCUGCAGACUCUUCUUCAAAGCAAGUAUGUUGAAUAUUUCAUCGAGCAAGUCUUAAACUGGCAAAAUAAGUUAAACAUAGCCGACUCAGUUAUCUUUACUUGGAUGGAAGUCCAGCGAACUUGGUCCCACCUGGAAAGCAUUUUUUUUUGUUCAGAAGAUAUUCGAAUCCAGCUUGUAGAAGAUGCCAGAAGAUUCGAUGGAGUAGAUGCUGAAUUUAAGGAGUUAAUGUUCAAGACAGCCAAAAGAAAAAAUGUUUUAGAAGCAACAUGCAGACCUCAUCUUUAUGAGAAACUUAAAGAUUUAUUGUACAGGCUUUCGCUUUGUGAAAAGGCUCUCACAGAAUACCUGGAGACCAAGCGUGUAGCUUUCCCUCGCUUCUACUUUAUCUCCUCCAUGGACUUACUUGACAUUCUCUCCAAGGGAGCUCAGCCUAAGCAGGUAACACGUCACCUUGCCAAACUCUUUGACAGCAUGGCAGACCUGCAGUUCCUAGAUAGUCAGGAUGACUCUGCACACCGGGCAGUUGGAAUGUACAGCAAAGAAAAGGAGUAUGUCCCAUUCUCAGAAGAGUGUGAUUGCACAGGCCAUGUGGAAAUUUGGCUUCUACAACUUGAACAGACUAUGCAAGAAACGGUGCGCCAGGCUAUCACAGGAGCCAUAGCAGCCUAUGAAGAAAAACCUAGGGAGCUGUGGAUUUUUGAUUUCCCAGCCCAGGUUGCACUAACAGGCUCACAAGUCUGGUGGACAACAGAUGUAGGAAUUGCCUUCAGUAGGCUGGAGGAAGGCUAUGAAACAGCCCUAAAGGACUUCCACAAAAAACAGAUUUCUCAGUUGAACACACUGAUUACACUUUUGCUGGGAGAACUUCCACCUGGAGACAGGCAGAAGAUUAUGACGAUCUGUACCAUAGAUGUCCAUGCCAGAGAUGUGGUAGCAAAACUUAUUGCUCAGAAGGUUUGCAGUCCCCAAGCUUUUACUUGGCUCUCCCAACUUCGUCACCGGUGGGAGGAAUGGCGAAAACACUGCAUUGUUAAUAUUUGUGAUGCCCAGUUCCAGUACUUCUACGAAUACUUAGGAAACAGUUCCCGACUGGUGAUCACUCCUCUAACGGACAGGUGUUAUAUUACUUUAACUCAGUCACUGCAUCUGACUAUGAGUGGAGCUCCUGCUGGCCCCGCUGGUACUGGGAAGACAGAAACCACCAAAGAUCUUGGUCGGGCCCUUGGCAUGAUGGUUUACGUAUUUAACUGUUCUGAGCAAAUGGACUACAAGUCUAUAGGAAAUAUCUACAAGGGGUUGGUGCAGACUGGAGCAUGGGGCUGCUUUGAUGAGUUCAAUCGCAUUGCGGUGGAAGUUCUGUCUGUGGUCGCCGUUCAAGUGAAAAUGAUUCACGACGCCAUCAGGAACAGGAAAGAGAGAUUUGUGUUUCUUGGAGAAGCGAUCAGGCUGAAGCCAUCGGUUGGAAUAUUUAUUACCAUGAACCCAGGAUAUGCUGGUCGAACUGAAUUACCAGAGAAUCUCAAAGCUCUUUUCAGACCCUGUGCCAUGGUAGCACCCGACACUGAGCUGAUCUGCGAAAUCAUGUUAGUAGCUGAAGGUUUUGUGGACGCGCGCUCAUUAGCCCGAAAGUUCAUUUCAUUGUACACACUCUGCAAGGAGCUCUUGUCCAAGCAGGAUCAUUACGAUUGGGGACUUCGUGCUAUUAAGUCUGUCUUGGUGGUAGCUGGAUCCCUGAAACGAGGAGAUAGAAAUAGACCCGAGGAUCAGGUCCUCAUGCGAGCAUUAAGGGACUUCAACAUGCCCAAGAUAGUGACAGACGAUGUCCCAGUGUUUCUGGGCCUGGUCGGCGACCUGUUUCCAGCCCUAGAGGUGCCCAGACAGAGGAAGCCCCACUUUGAACAGAUGGUCAAGCAGUCCACCCUGGAGCUCCGCUUGCAGCCCGAAGAGAGCUUCAUCCUCAAAGUUGUCCAGCUUGAUGAACUGUUGGCCGUGCGACACUCUGUCUUUGUGGUUGGAAAUGCGGGCACAGGGAAGAGUAAGAUACUGCGAACACUGAACCGAACCUAUAUGAACAUGAAGCAGAAGCCGGUUUGGAAUGACUUAAAUCCCAAAGCCGUGACUGCAGACGAACUCUUUGGGGUCAUACAGCAUGCCACCCGAGAAUGGAAAGAUGGUCUCUUCUCCUUCAUCUUGCGAGAGCAAGCGAAUCUCUUGCAUGAUGGACCCAAGUGGAUAGUUCUGGAUGGAGACAUUGAUCCCAUGUGGAUCGAGUCCCUGAACACUGUCAUGGACGAUAACAAGGUGCUGACCCUGGCCAGCAAUGAGCGGGUGGCCCUCACGCCCUCCAUGCGGCUUCUGUUUGAGAUCCACCACUUGAGGACGGCCACCCCCGCCACUGUCUCCAGAGCGGGGAUUCUCUAUGUGAACCCACAAGAUUUGGGCUGGAAUCCAUAUGUGGCCAGCUGGAUAGAUAAGAGGCGACAACAAUCGGAAAAGGCCAACUUAACCAUUCUUUUUGAUAAAUACAUCCCCGCAUGCUUGGAUAAGCUGAGAAGCAGCUUCAAGGCCAUCACCACAAUCCCAGAGAGUAGCCUGCUGCAGACUAUUUGUGCACUUUUGGAGUGUCUGCUGACUCCUGAAAAUGUCCCUCCUGACAGCCCGAAGGAGGUCUAUGAAGCCUACUUCGUCUUCACCUGCAUCUGGGCAUUUGGAGGUGCACUGCCCCAGGACCAGCUCUUCAAUUGCCAAGCUGACUUCAGUCGGUGGUGGCAUAAAGAGAUGAAAGCUGUGAAGUUUCCAUCCCAGGGAACCAUCUUUGAUUACUAUCUGGACCACGAGACCAAGAAAUUCUUGCCUUGGGCUGACACAGUUCCCCAAUUCAGUAUGGAUGCAGAUGCACCUCUACAGACUGUUCUGGUUCACACAGCAGAGACAACUCGUCUUAGGUACUUCACCAAGUUGUUGCUUAAGAAAGGAAAACCACUCAUGCUAGUAGGUAAUGCAGGAGUUGGAAAAACAGCAUUUGUGAGUGACACACUGGCAAGUCUCUCUGAAGAUUAUAUAGUGUCCCGGGUGCCUUUCAACUACUAUACGACGUCUGCAGCCUUGCAGAGAAUCCUUGAGAAACCUCUAGAGAAAAAAGCUGGUCGGACUUAUGGUCCAGCAGGGAAGAAAAAACUGAUUUAUUUCAUUGAUGACAUGAACAUGCCUGAAGUGGACUUUUAUGGCACUGCCCAGCCUCACACUCUGAUUCGACAGCACAUUGAUUAUGGACACUGGUAUGAUAGACAGAAGGUGAUGCUUAAAGAGAUCCACAACUGCCAGUACGUGGCCUGCAUGAACCCCAUGGUGGGUAGCUUCACAAUCAACCCGCGGCUGCAGAGACAUUUCACAGUGUUUGCCUUCAACUUUCCCUCUGGGGAUGCACUAACCACCAUCUAUGGCCACAUCUUUAGCUUCCAUUUGCAGCAGCAAGUGUUUUGUCUAUCAGUUCUCAAAAGCAGCCCCUCUUUGGUCCAAGCCACAAUAGCGAUCCAUCAGAUGAUGACAAAGAACUUUUUAACAACAGCCAUUAAAUUCCACUACAUCUUUAACCUGAGAGACCUAUCAAGCAUCUUCCAGGGGAUUCUGUUUGCAUCUCCUGAGUGUUUAAAAGGUCCCAGUGACUUAGUGCACCUGUGGCUUCAUGAGUGCUGCCGUGUUUAUGGAGACAAAUUGGUAGAUACAAAAGAUAGUGAUUUGUUUCAGAAAAAAAUGCUGGAAACCGCUUCUAAAUAUUUUGAAGGAGUCGACUGCCAGGCGCUGCUUCAACAGCCCCUCAUUUAUUGCCACUUUGCUAACAGCAGGGACCGCCCAUGUUACAUGCCAGUGAAUGAUUGGGAUGUACUGAGGACGAUUCUUACAGAAACGUUGGACAAUUACAAUGAGUUAAAUGCCGCCAUGCACCUGGUCUUAUUUGAAGAUGCCAUGCAGCACGUGUGCCGUGUCAGCCGCAUCCUUCGGACCCCACAGGGUCACGCCCUUUUAAUUGGCGUGGGGGGCAGUGGCAAGCAGAGCCUCUCUAGGCUGGCAGCUCACAUCUGUGGCCUUGAGGUCUUUCAGAUUACUCUGACUGAAGGCUAUGGGGUCCAAGAGCUUCGGGUAGAUCUUGCCCAUUUGUACAUCAGAACCGGAGCCAAAAACAUGCCCUGUGUGUUCCUGCUGACAGAUGCCCAUGUUCUACAUGAGAGCUUCCUCGUGCUGAUUAAUGACUUGCUGGCAUCAGGAGAAAUCUCAGAUCUGUUCAAUGAAGAGGAGAUGGACAAGAUAGUUUCUGGAAUCCGCAAUGAAGUUCGUGGUCUGGGCUUGGUGGACUCCAGGGAGAACUGCUGGAAAUUUUUUUUGACCAGGGUCCGACUACAGCUCAAAGUCAUUCUAUGCUUCUCUCCAGUGGGUCAUACACUCAGAGUGAGAGCCAGGAAAUUCCCAGCCCUUGUGAACUGCACAGCUAUUGACUGGUUUCACGCAUGGCCGAAGGAGGCUCUAGUCUCAGUCAGCAGGAGGUUCAUUGAAGAAAUUGAGGGGAUUGAGCCCCAGCACAAGGAUUCCAUUAGUGAAUUCAUGGCACACGUUCAUACCAGCGUAAACGAAAUGAGUGCCAGAUAUUACCAGAAUGAGAGAAGACAUAAUUACACCACCCCAAAGAGUUUCCUGGAGCAAAUAUCACUGUUUAAGCACCUGUUAAAGAGGAAACAACAAGAAGUAGCCCAGAAGAGAGAGCACCUGGUCAAUGGCAUCCAGAAACUAAAGACCACCGCCUCGCAGGUGGCAGAUCUGAAAGCCAGACUUGCUUCUCAAGAAGCCGAGUUGCAGCUGAGAAAUCAUGAUGCUGAGGCUCUGAUCGCCAAGAUCGGGCUUCAGACAGAGAAAGUGAGCCGGGAAAAGGCCAUUGCCGAUGCCGAGGAGCGAAAGGUGACUGCCAUUCAAAUUGAAGUGUCCCAGAAACAGAGAGAAUGUGAGGCUGACUUGCUCAAAGCGGAGCCUGCGCUGGUGGCUGCCAGAGAUGCGCUUAAUACACUUAACCGGGUGAACCUCUCUGAGUUGAAAGCUUUCCCCAACCCCCCAAAUGCAGUCACCAACGUCACUGCAGCCGUGAUGGUCCUUCUGGCUCCCCGAGGCCGAGUGCCCAAAGACCGAAGUUGGAAAGCAGCUAAAAUCUUCAUGGGAAAGGUCGACGAUUUUUUGCAAGCUUUAAUUCACUACGACAAAGAGCACAUCCCAGAGAACUGUCUAAAAGUGGUGAAUGAACAGUAUUUGAAAGACCCGGAGUUCAACCCAAACCUGAUUCGCAGCAAAUCUUUCGCAGCUGCUGGCCUCUGUGCUUGGAUCCUCAACACUGUUAAAUUCUAUGAGGUCUACUGUGACGUGGAGCCCAAACGCCAGGCAUUAGCACAAACAAACCUAGAACUGGCUGCAGCAACAGAAAAACUAGAGGCUAUUAGGAGGAAGCUUGUGGAUCUGGAUCAAAACCUGAGCAGACUCACAGCUUCAUUUGAAAAAGCAACAGCUGAGAAAGUCCGGUGCCAAGAGGAGGUGAACCAGACCAAUAAAACCAUUGAACUAGCCAACAGACUUGUCAAGGAACUAGAGUCAGAGAAGAUUCGCUGGGGUCAGUCUAUCAAGUCCUUUGAAAUUCAAGAGAAGAUGCUCUGUGGAGACGUUCUCCUUACAGCUGCAUUUGUGUCCUAUGUUGGGCCCUUCACAAAGCAGUAUCGCCAGGAAUUGGUGGAUUGCGAGUGGAUUCCAUUUCUUCAACAGACGGUUGCCAUCCCAAUCACGGAGGGCCUGGACUUGAUUGGCAUGUUGACAGAUGAUGCUACCAUUGCCACCUGGAAUAACGCAGGGCUACCCAGUGACAGAAUGUCAACUGAAAAUGCUGUCAUCCUAACACACUGCGAGCGCUGGCCCCUGAUGAUAGAUCCUCAACAACAGGGAAUUAAGUGGAUCAAGAAUAAAUACGGAACUGACCUGAAAGUCACGCAUUUAGGCCAGAAAGGGUUCUUGCAAGCCAUUGAAACAGCUUUGGCCUUUGGCGAUGUCAUCUUAAUUGAAAAUCUUGAGGAGACAAUAGAUCCAGUACUCGAUCCACUGCUUGGCAGGAACACAAUUAAAAAAGGAAAGUAUAUCAAAAUUGGAGAUAAAGAAUGUGAAUUUAACAAGAACUUCCGCCUCAUCCUUCACACCAAACUGGCAAAUCCUCACUAUAAGCCAGAACUGCAAGCUCAGACAACCCUCCUCAAUUUCACAGUCACAGAAGAUGGUCUUGAAGCCCAGCUGCUGGCAGAGGUAGUCAGUAUUGAAAGGCCAGAUUUGGAGAAACUUAAGCUGGUCUUGACAAAACACCAAAAUGACUUUAAGAUAGAGCUGAAGCUCUUGGAGGAUGACCUGCUCCUGCGCCUUUCUGCAGCAGAGGGGAGCUUCCUGGAUGACACAGACCUGGUGGAGAGAUUGGAAACAACCAAGGCCACUGCAGCAGAAAUAGAGCGCCAGGUAAUGGAAGCAAGAGAAAAUGAAAGGAAAAUCAACGAGGCCCGAGAGUGUUACAGACCCGUGGCAGCCAGAGCCUCUCUGCUUUAUUUUGUUAUUAAUGACCUCAGAAAAAUCAACCCCAUCUAUCAAUUCUCUUUGAAGGCUUUCAACAUGCUGUUCCACAGAGCAAUAGAGCAGGCUGACAAGGUGGAGGACUCACAGGGACGCAUCUCUGUCCUGAUGGAGAGCAUCACCCACGCCAUCUUCCUCUAUACCACCCAGGCACUAUUUGAGAAGGAUAAGCUCACAUUUUUGUCUCAGAUGGCUUUCCAGAUUUUGUUGAGAAAGAAGGAGAUUGACCCCCUUGAACUGGAUUUCCUGCUUCGAUUCCCAGUUGAACACACUUUCCCAAGUCCUGUUGACUUCUUAACUACUCAGUCAUGGAGUGCUAUCAAGGCAGUGGCCCUUAUGGAAGAAUUUCGGGGGCUAGAUCGAGAUGUGGAAGGAUCUGCCAAGCAGUGGAGGAAGUGGGUGGAAUCUGAGUGUCCAGAAAAAGAAAAGUUACCACAAGAAUGGAAGAAGAAAAGUUUAAUACAGAAGCUGAUGAUUUUGAGGGCAAUGCGCCCUGACAGGAUGACGUAUGCUCUCAGAAAUUUUGUGGAGGAAAAACUGGGUGCCAGGUAUGUGGAGAGGACCAGAUUGGACUUAGGUAAAGCCUUUGAAGAAAGCAGCACAGCCAUCCCCAUGUUCUUCAUCCUGUCUCCAGGGGUGGAUGCUCUUAAAGAGCUAGAGAUGCUUGGCAAAAGACUUGGAUUUACGAUUGAGUCGGGAAAAUUCCACAAUGUGUCUCUAGGACAGGGUCAAGAGACGGUGGCAGAAAUGGCUCUGGAGAAGGCUUCCAUAGGAGGGCACUGGGUCCUGCUUCAGAAUGUCCAUUUGGUAGCCAAGUGGCUGGGAACCUUGGAAAAACUCCUUGAAAAAUUCAGCCAAGGAAGCCACAGAGAUUACAGGGUGUUCAUGAGUGCCGAGCCUGCCCCUGCACCAAAUGAGCACAUCAUCCCUGAAGGACUCCUGGAAAAUUCAAUUAAGAUCACCAAUGAACCCCCGACAGGAAUGCUGGCCAAUCUGCAUGCUGCCCUGGACAACUUCGAUCAGGAUACACUUGAGAUGUGUUCCAAGGAACAGGAAUUUAAAAGCAUCCUCUUUUCUCUGUGCUACUUCCAUGCCUGUGUUGCUGGGAGAAUGAGGUUUGGCCCCCAGGGCUGGAGCCGAAGCUAUCCUUUCAAUACUGGGGACCUUUCCAUCUGUGUCAAUGUCCUGUACAACUAUGUAGAGGCAAACCCAAGUGUGCCAUGGGAGGACCUCCGCUACCUCUUUGGUGAGAUCAUGUAUGGUGGCCACAUCACAGAUGCCUGGGAUAGAAAACUGUGCCGGGUAUAUUUAGAAGAAUUCAUGAAUCCAUCUUUGAUUGAAGAUGAACUCAUGCUCGCACCAGGAUUUGCAGCCCCACCCUACCUAGACUAUGCAGGCUACCACCAGUAUAUAGAAGAGAUGCUGCCUCCUGAAAGUCCCACACUAUACGGCCUCCAUCCCAAUGCUGAAAUAGAGUUCCUGACAGUGACCUCCAACAUGCUCUUUAGGACUUUGCUGGAGAUGCAGCCCAGGAAUUCAGUCAGCAGUGAGGAAAUGGGGCAGUCGACAGAAGAAAAGGUUAAGAAUAUCUUGGAUGACAUUUUGGAGAAAAUUCCAGAAGAAUUCAAUAUGGCAGAGAUAAUGCAAAAAAAUUCAAACAGAAGCCCGUAUGUUCUCGUUUGCUUCCAAGAAUGUGAAAGAAUGAAUAUUCUCAUUCGUGAAAUCCAUGUGUCACUUCAACAGUUAGACCUCAGCUUGAAGGGGGAGCUGACAUUAUCUCCCGAUGUGGAAGCCCUGCAGUCCGCGCUGAGUUACAACAGGGUUCCAGACACUUGGAGCAAACUGGCUUACCCAUCUACAUAUAGCCUUGCACAGUGGUUUAAUGACCUCCUCUUACGCUGCCGAGAACUUGACACCUGGACACAAGACCUUGCCCUCCCCGCUGUCGUGUGGCUUUCCGGCUUCUUCAACCCUCAGUCCUUCUUAACAGCGAUCAUGCAGACCAUGGCUCGAAAAAAUGAGUGGCCACUGGACAGAAUGUGCCUGACCAUCGAUGUGACCAAAAAAACGAAGGAAGAUUAUGGCCACCCCCCAAGGGAAGGCGCAUACCUCCACGGGCUCCUCAUGGAAGGUGCCAGAUGGGACACCCAGGCAGGAUCCAUUGUUGAAGCCCACCUCAAGGAGUUGAGGUCGACAAUGCCAGUCAUCUUUGCCAAAGCCAUACCCAUGGACAGACAAGAAACCAGACAAACCUACGAAUGCCCUGUGUAUAAAACCAAAAUGAGAGGCUCUACCUACGUCUGGACUUUCAGACUGAAGAGCAAAGAGAAGGCUGCUAAAUGGGUGCUGGCUGGCGUGGCUCUGUUGCUUGAAGCAUGAGAUGGCUUUGGUUGCUGGGCCU